AAGAGUGUUUGUCGAUGGGGUGGAAAAGGGCCCGCAAGUGCCCCUGCCAUCCGUGAUGGCAUUAGCUACAUCAAAGACAACUGGGAUGGUUAUGACUGCCAGGUCGAAGCCGGUCCCAGCAAAUGCAAGCGUUUCACAUGUUCAUGGAACUCUGCCAUCUGGCUCUGCAACGACACCAACGAAACGCUCAAGGUUCCGUGCCGCGAUAUCGCCUCCAUGGCCGGAAAGAUUAUUGACACGUGUGGUUGGUAUGAUUGGGAGCCCAUGGUUCAGGGCCAGAGAUUCACCGGUAACAAGGAAUGGAACGUCAUCGUUGGUAAAGAUAGCUGCUAG